GGCAAGAAGCGUUCGUCAACCAACGCCACGCCCGGGAAGAAAUCGAAGCAGACGUCUGUCAAGUCCUUUGUUGAGCGAAUUCCGAAGAAGAAGGCUGCGGCGAGUGCCGGCAGCGACGAUGAAUUCCAAAAGAAGCAGAUCACCCCAAAGCUUGUCACGAAAUGGAUGCAACCUGUUGCCGCGCACAUCAAGACGUUGGCGGAUGAGGGCGCAGAGUUUGAGGACAAGAGCGGGGCCUUGCUUGCUGUUGGCGACCACAUUACGCGGGUACGGGAGAAGAACGAGGUGCAGUAUGACAAGGGGGAGGCCAAGACGGCGCUGUGGCUGCACGUGGCAACACGCACCCGCCCCGACGACGCCCAGAACCAGAGCAAGACCCUGCGCCGCGUGUACAAGACGCUCAAGACGAAGGCAGCGAGCGGUGGAAAUGGUGGAGAUGGCAAGGCGAAAACGAAGGCCACACCGUCACCAUCAUCGUCGAAGGCAGCAUCGGCAAAGAAGGGAACAAAGGCGCCCGCGUCAGCGAAGGGGAAGCCCAUGAGGCAAGGCAGCGGUAGCAAAUCCAGCACGAAGAAGACAGCAGCGGCAGGAGCGAGCGCCACCAAGAAAGCAGGGAAGCCACUGCUGGUCGCAUCUUCGUCACUCUCAUCGUCAUCGUCAUCGUCAUUGGCUCGGGACGCUGCGAGAGGAAAGAGUGCGCAGCGGAGAGCGGCGCCGCCGCAAUCGCACUCGUCCCCGGCAGCCAAGGCAGCACGCAUGAUGGCUGGCAGACCCAGGCCCACAACUGCAGGCAACGCCAGCAGUGGCAGUGGCAGUGGCAGUGGUGUUCGCGCAACGCACAGAAGCCCGCACGGAUCACCCAUGGCUCGGGCGUCGCAACCUCCACCAUCAUCAUCGUCAUCGUCAUCGUCAUCGACAGCACAGACGAGUCGACAACGGCCGCCGCCACCUGCGGUGGGCAGCAGCAACAACAGCAACAGCAACAGCAGUGGGAAAAGGGCCGCAGUCGGUGGUGCGCCGGCAAAGCGGGCGAAGAUGACAGCAGGACAAGGGACGUUGGACAAGUUCAGGCAAGCACGUGCGCCACCACCUUCAUCAACAGCAGGAACAGCAGGAACAGCGAAACAGGCAGCCCAGGGUGGCAGUGGGUCAGGAUUGUCUUCGUAGCGUGCUUGCACAUGUUUGUGUAUGCGAGUAUUUUGAUGUUGAUGCCAGUGUUUCGCAGCUCUGUUGGUUUGCAUGUAUGUGUACGCGUCCGUGUGUACAGGAGUGGCCAGCCACUUGCUCACGAUCAUAGUCAACCCCAGUGAAAACGAAUGGAUGUGA